AUUCCUUCUGCCCAGCAAGGAACGGCCCAAGUGAUUAUUCCUCAAGGACCGCUUCUGGAUGUAUCCGGCACGCAGGGCUAUUGGAAGAUCCCUUUCCUAUCCCUGUCCAGCCAUUGCCCCCAGAUACACCCCCAUGGGCACGCUGUCUCAGGAACUGUGAGAAAAUUGGGGACUCGUACCGUGGCUAUUGUGUGAGUGAGGCAGAGUUAGAGAGUGUCCUAACACUACACAAGCAGCAAACGCAGAGCGUGUGGGGGACACGCCAGUCCCCAAGCCCAGCCAAACCUGCCACGCGGUUGAUGUGGAAGUCCCAGUAUGUCCCAUAUGACGGGAUCCCAUUUGUCAAUGCAGGAAGUAGAGCUAUUGUAAUGGAGUGCCAGUAUGGACCAAGGAGGAAAGGUUUCCAGCCCAAAAAAGCUGGUGACCAGGAAUGCGCCUCUGGCCAUCUGUACAAAGCCACUUGUCCAGCAAGGAUCUAUAUUAAGAAGGUUCAAAAGUUUCCAGAGUAUAAAGUUUCCACCGACCCUAAAAUUGACAAGAAAAUCAUAAGAAUGGAGCAGGAGAAAGCAUUCAACAUGUUGAAGAAGAACUUGAUAGAUGCUGGAGGUGUCCUCAGGUGGUAUGUGCAGUUACCCACUCAGCAAGCCCACCAGUAUCAUGAAAUGGAAACUUCGUGCCUUCCUCCUUCACCUUCCCAUUUUCCUAUGCCUUCUCCAGAGGAAGAGGAAGAAGUUAUUAGAGAUGAGAACUGUGCGGAGCCUUCUCGGCUUCAUCCCCAAGUAGCAGACAAGAUCCGAGAGCUGGUGUCACAGGGAGUGGAACAGGUCUAUGCAGUGAGGAAGCAACUAAGGAAGUAUGUGGAGAGAGAAUUAUUCAAGCCCGAUGAAGUGCCAGAGAGGCAUAACCUGUCUUUCUUCCCCACUGUGAAUGACAUCAAGAACCACAUUCAUGAAGUGCAGAAGUCCCUGAGGAAUGGAGAGAUGGAGUAUGACUCGGAAAGCAUACCGGCAACGCUGCAGUGGACCACUGACAGUGGGAAUGUUCUCACAGAAACAGUUACUGUUACACUUGCCUCACCACCUUCAGAUGGGAGUCCACCGAUGGAGCCAGUCAUCACCAAAGCAGAAUCCAACCAUAGCAAGGAGUCCUUGCUACCAGAAACAGCUCAGCUGUUGUCCUCAUUCUCUUCAUUUCAGCCCAAGAUAUUUGCCCAACUUCAGGGAUUACAGCUGCAGUCAACAUGUACCUCCACAAAUGGAUCAACAGCCCCGAUAGCUGUAAAUAACCAUUCCCCUCCCAGCUCUGCAAGUCUCUUGGAUCCCAUAGGGAGUGCAAUAACCAACCAAGUUAGUCAGGAGCAGAGCUUGCAAAUGAGUGCUGGUCUAACACAGCGUAGCACUGCAGGCUCUGCCUUGGGGCAUCCCCCUGGCUCCGAGCACAGUCUGGUUACCACAGGCCAGCUAGUAGCAGCUAGAGGGGUAGGUGACACCCCAGGCCUGGAAGGAGGCGUCCAUCAGAUUCUCCUGGGACAUGCACAGACUGUUCCGGUACGGAUCAUGGACAGCCAUCCACGUGCUGAAGAAAAUCCAGAGGGUAUUAUCUGUGUGAGCCGUGUUAAACAAGAACCCACAGAAAAAGUCUCGUCUGUGGAGACAGAUAAAAUCAGAGUCCAGCAGAGUUCAUCACCUAUUUGA